AUGAGCGAUGCCAAAGUGGUCGACAAGGCCAUUUCACAGCGAGCAAAAAAGCCACAGAAAACCAAGACUGUCUUCAAACCAGUAUUAGACAAUCCGUUGACAAUCUCAUGGCCAGAUAUUCCGCAAAACCUUCAAAAUACAAUCCUUGCAUCUGCUAUCGACCUCCUAGGAUGCUUAAAGGACUAUCAUCGUCAACGCGGAAUGCAUACAAAACGAAGUCGCCAAGCACGACGUCGAGAGAUUCUCAGAACACAAAAGGAAAUAGAAGAAGCUGGUAGCAGGAAGAGGAAGCGAGACGAUGAAACUUCACCAGAGAGGGAGAAAAUGGAGCUGGAUCCAGGACCGCCAUCUCUGGCAGAACCCUCGAGCCCGCCCCCGUUACUCGGCCAUGUACACUUUGGUCUGUCCGAAGUCUUAAAACUGUUGGAGCGUCAUAUCGCCCAACUGCGCAACACUGUUGCCAACUCCAAGGCAUUGGACGAGACGGCCACUCCGACGGCCAUUCUCGCAUGUCGCUGGGAUAUCAACCCUCCCCAGCUCUUCUCGCACAUCCCUCACCUGGUUGCGUCCUACAACACCCUUUUGACGCUGUACCAUGCAAGACUGCAGGAUGCGAAACGAAUCCCGGAGCUCAAGUUGGUCAAUUUGCCAAAGGGGGCCGAAGAUGCACUCUCAGAGUCUAUUGGUCUGCGAAGGGUCUCUAUCGUACUUGUCAUGUAUACCAGGCCGGAGCGCAUCUUGAAGACCAACUUCUUAACUCACUAUCAAAAGUCCCUCGUCUCGCCACACCGUGGCUUCUGCCAGAUAACAACCGACGGUAUCUUGCCCCUCAACUGGAACCGACUCGUAUCAAAUUCGUAA